AUGAGUAGAAGAGUCAGUUUUAGCCCCGAUCAUUUCUAUGACCAAAAUAAUUUUUACGUUAAAAAGAAGCCAUCUUCAUCAUCUAAUUGGAAUUCUAGGCUUCAAAAAAGCUCUUCUUCUUCUGAAUUUUCUGUGGCUAGUUUUCUAAAGAAUAUUGGAACUAAAGUGGCUAGUGCUCUAAAUUUUCUUUCGAAUUCCAACAGAAAAAGGUCUUCACGUAAAGUAUCAUCAGCAAGCUUAGCAAGAUCACGUUCUUAUGCAGAAACAAUUCAUGAUUCUCAAAGAGCUGAAGCUAUUGAAGAUUGCAUUGAGUUCUUGAAUUCUUCUUCUUCUUGUUUACACAGGUCCAGUUCUGUUUCCAGCACUACUUGCCAGUAG